AUCGCUUGUCUUUCCUCUUCCUGUCUUCCUAAAACAGCAUGGCGAACUUAGAGCAUGCAGAAGACGACCCAAAACAUGUGAACAUGUCCGGUGAGAUCUCCUCCUCCAGUGCUCUAGUAGUCCAGCCGACCUCGGAGCUCUCUGCGCCGGGCAGAGACCCCGGUGCUCUCCCGUUCACCGGCUCCAUCCCGUCGUUCAGCGCCGCCUCCGAGCUGCUGUCAGCUCCGUACUCCUGUCUGGUGAUGAACACGCACCGGAGACACGUCGCCCUGCCGCCCAUGUACCUGAACAAGAAGAGGACAGGUCUCCAGGAGGAGCUGGAGGCCGAGCUGCUCAAGUUCUCCCAGAGUCUAAAGGGAGUUCCCCUGGCCUAUGAAAACAUCAGGAUAGUGGGCCAGCAUGGAGGCAUCUAUGACGACAGCGGCUACAUCCACAUGGACAUACAGGCCAACUUUAUUCUCUUCCAGCCCCAAAAAGGACAGAAACUGCUGGGUGAAGUGAAUAAACUAGGAGUAAGCCACGCUGGCUGCCUGGUGCACGGCUGCUUCAACGCCAGCAUCCCCAAACCCAACCUGGUUUCUGUGGAAACGUGGCGGGACGCAGGGCCGCGGAUCGGAGCAGAGCUGGAGUUUGAGGUGACUGCACUCGACGCUGACACUGCGGGGGUGCUGCUGAUCAGAGGACGGCUGGACAGGACCAGGGUUCAAGAGCUGCUGGCUUUGGGCGAGAGCACCGGCGUCCCUGCAGACGAGAAACCAGAACCACCAGAGACGGACCCGAAACCAGAACCCACCGAGGAGGGGGAGGAGGCUCCUGAAGCAACCCCCAAGAAGAAGAAGAAAAAGAAGAAAGACAAAGUCAAAGAAGAGGAGGGAGAAGAGGAGCUGACGAGUGCACCCUCCUGCCAGUUGGACGGCGACGCAACGCCAGAGCUGAACGGAACAAUGAACGAAGCAAACGGCGACGAAGCCGGUGAGAAAAAGAAGAAAAAGAAGAAGAAGAAGAAAAAGGAAGAACAUGUGAAAGAAGAGGAGGAGCAGGUUCAGCUCUCUGCCACGGAGGUCCACGGCAGCGACUCCAGCGGUUACCAUAGUGACAAGCCAAGCAAAAAGAGGAGACACGAGACUGGUACAGAUGUCACAGCUGGUAUUAGUGAAACGCCAAAGUCCAAGAAGAAGAGGAAAAGUGACAUUGAGCAGUUUGCCUGAAAAUGUAUCAUAUUCUGUUUGGAAAUCAGGUUAAUUAUGUGUAGAGGUGAUACAACAUUAAUAACAUCAGUGGUCCUGGAGGAGACGUGCCUUAACAAUUAAACACCAUGUUUUAGUAAGUGACAUGUCUGGUGGAUUCUUCUCAGCUCCUCUAAAAUCCUUUAAACAGAGGAUCAGACCUGCAGAAGGAGCCUUUCUACAGUCACUUAUUACACAGCUUUGUUGAAUACUCAAAUCUGAUUGGUCAAUCACGGCGUUCUACGGUCUUUUAUUUCUUUAUAGCAGACCGUUGCUAUGUAUAACAGACCGUUGCUAUGGGUGCAGUUCUGAUGUCGGACUCUGGCUGUACAUUAUCCCUUACAUGUUGUAGCUUGUGGAAAAGCACACAAGAGGAUAUAAACAGGCUCCACAGAUCAGUCCUCAUUGGAUUGCAAAUCCCUCACACAGCCUGAGGGGGGAGCAAAACUGCUUCAUACGUCAACACUGAGACACAAAAACACAGGAGUGUCAAGUAGAGAAUAUUUUCUUCUGCUUGGAUACUGAAAGAGGAAAGCUAGACAACUGAGACUGCUGAGCUCAGUUUAAGGAACUUUUCUCAUACCUCAUGUGCCUCUUUGAUAAUAGCUGCAAAUAUUCACUCGGCAUCCUAGAAAUGCAUCGUGCACGGUGACAAAACUGUGCAGUCAUGAUUUAUUUGUGCCGUUUCACUGUCUUCCUUCCAGUGUUGCAUUGACUGUUUUCACAUGAAGAUGUGGACAUUAAAUAUUCAGGUCUCAUCCCAAUUAAAGAGCUCUAUAUUUUGAAAUGUUUA